AUGCCGUUGGAACAGCCUCCGCCCCCUCGGCGCGCCCCCACCUUCCACGCGCACCCUGACGCCGACGCGAGGCAGCUCCUCGGCGCGCUCCUGCCACGGCGCGCGGCCACCGCCCGCCACGUCCAGCAGGCGCACGCCCGCCUCGCCGUCCUCGGCCUCGCCACCGCGCGCGUCCUCCCGCACCUCCUCGCCGCCCUCCCCCGCCUCCCGCCGCUCCACGACGAAGCCUCCUCCUCCUCCUACCCGCUCUCCCUGUUCCGCCGCUCCAACUCCUCCUCCGCUUUCGCGUCCAACCACCUCCUCCGCGUGCUCCCCCACCCGCUCCCGCUCCGCCUCUUCCCCGGCCUCCGGCGACGCAACCCCCACUCCUUCACCUUCCUCCUCUCCUCCAUCUCCAUCCACCUCGACGCCGGCCGCGCCGGCGGCCCGGCCUCCUCCUCUCUGGGCUCCCACGUGCACGCGCUGGCCGUGAAGGCGGGCGCGGCCGGCGAUCUCUACGUGCGGAACGCGCUGACGCACUUCUACGGCGUCUGCGGCGACGUGGGAGCGAUGCGGAGGGUGUUCGACGAGCUGCCGCGCGUGCGGGACGUCGUGACCUGGAACGCGGUCCUUGCCGGGUACGUCCGAGCGGGCAUGGUGAGGGUUGCGCGAGAGAUGUUUGAGGAAAUGCCGUUGAGAGAUGAGGUUUCCUGGAGCACCGUGGUGGGCGGGUAUGUGAAGGAGGGGGAGCUGGAUGUGGCGCUGGCAUUGUUUAGGGAUAUGGUGGAGAAGGGGGUCAGGGUGAAUGAGGCUGCGGUGGUGACGGCAUUGUCGGCGGCCGCACAGCUGGGUUUGCUUGAGCAUGGCAGGUUUGUGCACCAGGUUGUCCAUCAAGAACGGAUGCCGAUCAGUGUGAAUAUAGGGGCUGCCAUGGUGGAUAUGUAUGCCAAGUGUGGGUGUGUAGCAGUGGCCAGGGAAGUUUUCGAUGGGAUGCCUAGGAGGGAUGUUUUUGCAUGGAACGCCAUGAUCUGCGGACUUGCUGCUCAUGGGUUGGGACAGGAUGCAGUGGAACUCUUUGAACAGUUUCUCGCCGAGGGUUUGAGUCCAACGAACAUUACAUUUGUUGGCGUGCUAAAUGCCUGCAGCCGCUUUGGCCUUGUUGCUGAGGGGCGGCGGUAUUUUGAAUUGAUGGCUGAAAAAUAUAGUGUUGAGCCGGAAAUGGAGCAUUAUGGCUGCAUGGUUGAUCUUCUAGGCCGGGCUGGUCUUAUUCAAGAAGCCAUUGAAUUGAUCGAAGGGAUGCCUAUUGCACCUGACCCGGUUCUCUGGGGCACUGUACUCUCGGCCUGCAAGAAACAUGGCCUGGUGGACUUGGGGAUCAAGGUUGGUAACAAGCUAGUUGAACUGGAGCCAGCUCAUGAUGGCCACUAUGUCCUCCUUGCAAGUAUUUAUGCCAAGGCAAAGAAAUGGGAUGAAGUCAGGGAAGUCAGGAAACUGAUGUCUAGUCGGGGUACCAGUAAGUCAGCUGGCUGGAGCUUGAUGGAAGCACAAGGAAACGUGCAUAAGUUUCUAGUAGGAGACAGAGAUCACAAGGAUUCCGUUCGGAUAUAUAACAUGCUCGACAUGAUUAACAGAAAGUUGGCAGAUGCAGGGUAUGUACCAGAGGUGUCGUCUGUAUUGCAUGACAUUGGAGAUGAAGAGAAAGUGCAUGCAAUCAAGGUGCAUAGCGAGCGUCUGGCAAUUGCUUAUGGGUUCAUAGUUACGGAAGUUGGCAACCCAAUCCGUAUUGUUAAGAACCUUCAGGUGUGUGGGGAUUGUCAUGAAUUCAGUAAGAUGGUGACAAAGGUUUUCAAUAGGGAGAUUAUUGUGAGAGAUGGUAGUAGAUUCCAUCAUAUGAAAGAAGGGAAGUGUUCUUGCCUUGACUAUUGGUAGUUAAUCAGCUUAUAGUUUUUGUUGUUGAAUUCAGUCAUUUCGUUGGAGUCAACAGUAAUGUUCUUUUUUUUUCCGGGAAAACACAGUAGUUUUUUCUUUCAGGAAAACGUAAAAGCCUUGUGUUUCGAUGCAUUGAUAGAAGAUAAGAGUUUGUACAAGUCAGAGAGGGCACAGCUAGAGUGACAACGUGAUGGCCCAAGCCACUAGACACCACCUGCACAGCCGCAAAACCUCUUGCGCCCGCCGUCACCCACUGCCUGGCUUCCGACUUGAUGAUUGCGUUGCAGUGCUUCCAGAAUCACCAUGCCACCAACAUGAUGGCCAAGGACGUGCCCUUCCGAGCGAUGUUCGGGAUCAAGUGGCAUGUCCAAUGCCACCAGUCCACGAAGUCGUCCUUCCGAGCUGACAGUAAUGUUCUAGUUUGCAGCAAAUCCCUAUUCAUGUGACAUCGGCAUUAGCAAUGCAGUCAUGGACAGUUGUUUUCAGCGGGCGGCUUCCGUCCUACUGAUAUAUAUCCCGCAUGAUGAUACCUUAAUGAUCUCUUAAGCAGCAAGUACCUUCAGCUAAAGGAUUGGACAUGGAAGUACGCUUUUGCUCGUGAUGUUAGGCAUGUUUUACACACGCGAAAUUGAUUGAGUGGGUGAUAGAUCUCCCGGACGAUCCAUGGAAGAAGUCUCGAGAAAACUAGAGCAACAAAGGGUGGGUAAAUCAAAUUAGCAGCAGGCUAAUGAUGAUGCACGCGCGCGCACACACAUGCACAAUCUUUAGGCAGACGGUGCUGCAGAAAGCAAUAAUACUCAAAGUACCGGAAGCCAAAGAUGCUAAUCUGGAAGUACAUUAGAGUCUUAAUAAAAUGCCUGAAGGAGGAUAUUUCUUCUCUGUCAGAACAACAUAGUUUGGGAAAGCAAUCAAGUGAUUCUUCUCACACAUGCCCUUGCUAUUUAAGAUGGUGAGGCAGUCACAGCGAUUGAAUUCUAGGGAAAAGCCAAGAUUAUCGACAAAAGUCAAGUGAUUGCAUUAUCAUAACCUGAAGGCCAGGAUAAUUGGCGGUCACAGUGCCAUAUGCUGUAGAAAGGUUAUUGGCUUACUACAUAGGAACUGUAUUUGUUGACCAGAUGUUUUUGUCGCAUAACAGUGUCACUGGAACAAGAUCCGGCAUCGACGUACAAUACUUUGCCGAUGUGGAACUCUGGAGAAUUGGCCGGGUCUUUCUGUUUGUCAGGAGUAAGUUUAUGCUGGUUUGCAAGACAUUCGACACAACCUGGUAGCCAGUGCAGGGUCUACAGUCUCCAUAACUGACAUGGAAAACAAUGUCUGCGGUAAUAAUCAGUUCUAGUCAUCCAUGUUUCUCACCCGGGCCAUAGAAUCAGAAACCCGUUAUUUUUCACCUGUAUGGUCGAUCUAUGGAAAUCACACAACCAGUUACUGUCACCAGGCAUGUCGGCGAAAGCCCAGACUUCUUGCAAGGACUUGCACUGUUUAACUACUUGGUCAUAAGUGAUGCACAUAAUUGAUCGUGCUGAAUAUGAUAAAUUUUUUUGACGGAU